CACAAAUGUAUCUAUCAUCGCAGCUUGAUGGCGAUACAAUGACGGGAAAGAGUUUAUUACAUUCACGAAGGAUAUUCUCAUCCCUGUUAUCACGAUCAAGCGGCAGCCGAUAUCAUAAAAAGAGACAGUCACAAAGAGAGUUUUCAUUCGAUGUGGGCUUAGCAAGUGAUCAAAAGCGGAAAUCAAGCAAAAAACGAUCAAAAUAUCGAUCACUUCGUUCAAUGCUUUACGGCUUGAAUUUGAAACAGUAA